AUGAGAAUUUUUAUACUAUUUUUACUAUUAGUAUCUAUUAUUACAGCAUGGAGUCCAGAAGAUUAUGAAAUUUUCAAAUUAAAUGAUAAAGUUCGUCAAGCAAUAGGUCCAGAUAUCACAUUUUAUAGUUGGUUUAAUUUAAUUAAUGAUCCAAAAUCAACAUCACAAGAAAUUAAAAAAGCUUAUAGAAAUUUAUCAAAAGUAUUACAUCCAGAUAAAUUAAAUUUUAAAAAUCAAAAAGAACGUAAAAAAGCUGAAGAAAAAUAUGCUAUAUUAUCAUCAGUAAAUAAUAUUUUAAGAGAUCCUUCAAGAAAAGAAAGGUAUGAUUAUUUUAUUGCUAAGGGAUUUCCUAAAUGGAGGUCCACUGGUUAUUUUUAUUCAAAAUUUAGACCUGGUUUAUUGUUGACUAUUUUUUUUGUAUACAUAUUGAUCAGUAUGUUACAUUUUUAUUCAUUAAAAAUCAAUAGAAAACAAGACUAUAAAAGAAUUGUAAAUGUAAAAGAUGAAAUUAAAAUUCAAGCAUGGGGUGGUUCAAAAGUUGCACCAUUAGAUGGUUCAGAUAGAAAGUUAACAAAUGAAACAGGUAAAGUAUUUAUUGUUAAAAAUAAUGGAGAUGUUUUGGUAGAGGAUGGUGAAGUUACACAUUUGAUAGAUGAAAAUGAUAUUAAUUUAAACCCUGGAUUCAAAGAUUCUUUGGUAUUCAAAUUACCUGCAAAAUUAUACAAUUUAACUUUUGGUAGAUUUUUAACACCUAUUGAUAUGUCAAUAACAUUUGAUAAACCAAAAGAAGAAAAGAUUGAACAAUCUGAUGAAAAGAAGAAAAAAAAACCAAAGGGGAAAAAAAUGGAAUUACCAAAUGGUAAAGUUGUAUACAGUAGAAAGAAAUAA